ACAUUUUAUGUUUGCAUGAUUAUAUUUUUACAUACAGAAAACAAUGUGAAAUACAUAUAAGGGAUGGAUGUAAUGUAUAAUUCAGGGGUGCACAAAGUGGGGCCCCGGGGCCAAAUUUCGCCUGCCAAGUCGUUUUGGUUUGGCCCGCCAAAUGGUUUCCCAAAUUGUAUUCAUAUUCAUACCGACCUCUUUCAAGCUCACACAAUUGUUGAUGGCAUGUCCGCAGGGAUAACUAGUUGCCGUCGAUCGAAUGUGAUGAACUCUGCUACCUUAUAUGCGUUGGUAUGGUUCUAAACUAAGGGUGUCAAACUCGUUUCAUUGAGGGCCACGUUGCCGUUAUGGCUGCCAUCAGAGGGUCGCUUGUAACAACAAAUAUUAUAUGAAUUUGCCUAUUCAGUUGAAUAUUAUAUAUAUAAUUUAUGUCCACUGUAAAAAAAAAAAAUAGAUUUUUAAAAUAAAAACUGGCAACUCAGUCACCAGAACUUUACUGUAAAAUCUACAGUGUAUUUGUACAACAUAUUACUAUACUGUAAAUGGAAAAACGGUACCAAUGUUUUUUUUACGGAAAAAAAUUGAGAGCUUAGUCGCCAGAAUUUUAGUGUAAAAUUUGUGUUUUUUUUAUUUUUUUACAACAUAUUACUGUAAAUGGAAACACAGUACUACUGUUUUUUUUAAUUCUGGCUACUGAGCUGGCAGUUUUUUUUACAGUAAAAAAGUGUGGUACCGGUAGUAAUAGACUGUAAAACAACAACUGCAGAUUUUACAGUAAAAAAUCUGGCAGCUCAGUCGACGAGACCUGCUUACAUGACACCAGAAUUUUAGCGUUUUUCACUUAACAGUACACUGUAAAUGUUAGGGGAAAAUUCUGGUGACUAAACUGCCAGUCUUUUCCCCUGAAAUCCACAGAUUUACAACGCAUUACUUUACAUGAAAAAACGAGUGUCCAUUUUACAGUAACGAAAAAAAUGGAAGCUCAGUCAUCAGAAUCUUACUGUAAAAAUAACCGUGGUACCGUUUUUCCAAUUAGAGGUCUUCAGUGUAAAAAAACACCUUAAAGUUUAUGGUAAGUUUCUGUCAACUGAGCUGCCAGUUUUACUGUGACAAUUUUUUUUCAUUUACAGUACUGUAAAAAAAUAUCUGGAGUGCCACCAGAGUUUUAUCGUAAAAUUUACGGCGGUUUUUACACUGGAUUACUGUAAACGGGUGGAAAAAAUUUAUUUUUAAGGUUUUUUUUGCAGUGUAUUAAAUGGAAAAAUAAAACUGGUGACAAAGCUGCCAUCUUUUUAACUGUAAAAUCUAGUGGUAUUUUUUUUACAGUGCAUUACUUAAAAAAAACACGUUAAAACAAAGUUUUUCCAUUUUACAGUGAUUUGGAGUAAUAACCACUGUAAAUUUGACAAUAAAAUUCUGGUAAAUAAGCUGCCAUUUUUUUUACUGUGAAAUCUACAGAUGUUUGUUUUUUUUUGUACAGUACAGCGCAUUACUGUACUGUAAAUGAAAAAAAAAUAAAAAUUCCACAACUGUAAUAAGUCACCAGAAUUUUACUGUCAAAAUAAAAGUGGUAUUGUUUUGCCUUUACAGUAAUUUGGUGUGAAAAACACUAUACAUUUUACAGUGAAAUAAUUGUCACCAGAAUUUUAUUGUAACAUUUUUGGUGGUUUUUACACUGAAUUACUAUAAAAAGGGGAAAAAAAGGUUAUUUUUAAGGUUAAAAUCUGGUGUCUGCGCUGCCGUUUUUUUCUACUCUAAAGCGGGAUGAAUGAAGUCUAUGGUUGCCAAAGUACCGCCCCGGGUUGCACAUUUCGCCUCCUUUUUUAUUAGUUCGUGGCAUAUUGCGAGGAUCAAAUUAUACACAAAUAGAGCAAAAAGAGAAAAUAAAGCUUUGCAUUUUAAAUUUAGUGUUUGUUAAUAUUUUUACAAAAUUUUAAAAAACAAUGACCUGUAAAUAUUUCUAUAUAUUCCUGUUAAAAACUUACUUUUACAUGAAGUUUAAAAAACAGACUUUUACAUGAAGUUUAAAAAACGGAUUAAAUGGGAGUUAUCACAGAGCGGCAUGUGAGGAAGCACUUCAUCGUCAUUAUGGUCAAAUUAUGCACGGUCACGCAGCAAUAAGCUGACGUUUGACCUUUGCCCUCCGAGAGCGUCACAGUUAAUGAUUGCUGCCGAGUGAAGACUCAAGAAGGUGCUAGAAGUCCUUCUAGUGCGUCUUCUAGCAUGGCUGCAGCAGCACGGCAGGGUGAGACGUCCCGAACACACAUGGACCUCAGGGGGAGGAUCGCAGAGCUUUUCACCUGGCAGCUGGCCAAGACGCUGGCCAUGGGUCAGGGCCUGGCAGUGCUGGUGUGCGGCACGGCGGUCGCCUCGCAGUACCUGACCUCCGACUUCCACGUGGACACGCCCAUGCUGCAGAGCUUCCUCAACUACGUGCUCCUCAGUGCCACCUACGCCCCCAUGCUGCUCUGCAGACCAGGGGCUGGAAAUCUCUUUCAGAUUGCGAGGAGUCGCUGGUUCCAGUACUUUCUGCUGGGCCUGGUGGACGUGGAGGCCAACUACGCUGUGGUCAGAGCCUACCAGUACACCACCCUCACCAGUGUGCAGCUGCUGGACUGCUUUGUGAUCCCAGUGGUGAUGGUUCUUUCCUACUGGGUUCUGAAGACCCGAUACCGGCCUGUCCAUUACGUGGCCGUGUGCAUCUGUCUGCUCGGUGUGGGCGCCAUGGUGGGGGCUGACCUGCUAGCUGGGAGGGACCAAGGCUCCACCGCCAACAUGCUGCUAGGUGACGGCCUGGUGCUGCUCAGCGCCACGCUCUAUGGCAUGUCCAACGUGUGUCAGGAGUACACGGUGAAGAAGCACAGCCGGGUGGAGUUCUUAGGCAUGGUGGGCCUCUUUGGCACCGCCAUCAGCAGCGUGCAGAUGGUCAUCUUGGAGCGCCACCAGGUGGCCGCCAUCCGUUGGAGCUGGCAAGUGGCGCUCCUCUUGGCGGCCUUUGCGUCCUGCAUGUUUGCCUUGUACAGCUUCAUGCCCGUGGUGAUGAAGAAGAGCAGCGCCACCGCCGUCAACCUGAGCAUGCUGACCUCUGACCUCUUCGGCCUCUUUUGUGGCAUCUUCCUCUUUCACUACAGCUUUUCUGCACUGUACCUGGUGUCACUGGUGGUCAUCCUCAUUGGCUUCACCACCUUCAACGCUGUGCCCACGCCCACAAGCCCCGACCCAACCUGCCCGGCGGGUCGCCAUGCCAACGCCACCAAACAGGAAGAGGAGCAAAAGAUAAGCACUGAUGUCACAGUCUGCACUAAAAUGUGAACAAGUAUUUGUUAUACUUCGUUACAUUGUGACUGAUUUUGUUUAUUCAAACUUUUACACAGCGUUACAAUUUUAUUGUAAUUUAUUACAGUUUAGACAGAAAUACAUGUUUUUAAUGAAUAGUCACACCAAAAAUGACAACUUAUGAUGUCCUGAUGGGCAGCAAUAUACAUAAAAUUGAUUCCUAUAAAACCAUAAAAAUCAGAUAAAUGAUUAAAAAGUACAGAUUAAAAUGUGUCACGUGAUAAACUCAUUGGAAAUGUUCAAACACCAAUAAAGUCAAGCUUUUUAAACCGCUUGUCAGCUGAAAGACAGGAAGUAGAAUCAUUCACCAGCCACUUCAUUAGGUACACUAUCUGAUAGACCCAAUGUAAACUAACAUGUUUAUAUUAUUCCACUAUAUAACAUUUUGGUUAUCUUACUGAGCUGCAGAAAAUGAUCAAUGAAGGAGAAACUCCAGGUGUCUGCUGAGGCACGUGGUGGUGCUCAACCACUUGUAGUGGAAGUCAUGAGCUUUGGGGCCCUCAGGCAGUGGUCCCUGUGGGGGUGUCGGGGCAGUCCAGAGACUCUUGAGAGGAUUGCUCGUCUGGCAGAAGCUCCUCCUUGUCACUGAGGAGAUAACGUGUCACACGUCAGCAUAAAACUCCGCCCACAACCUCAGGUCAGGGCGCCACCUACCUGAUGAUGGAGGAACUGCGGGAGAACGGCAGGCGUCUCAGCAUAGUGGCGACGAUGAGCG